AUGAAAGAAGGGAGAGGGUUUUUUGGCUUGAGCCGCCGCCGAGGACAUGGGCUGGUUUUAAGGGUUCUGUCGCCGCCACCAGCACAGGCUUCUUCCCAUCCUCUCCGGCGCCGAGCGCCUCCGGCUAGCAGCGAGUAUCCCCACUCUUCUAGCCCUUCUCUUCCUCUUCAAUCCAGGCCAGCAUCGCCGGCUGAGGCCCGUCGCCGCCGCUGGGUAGGCGCACCGCGUUCUCCUCCCUCACCCGAUGCACGGCAUGGUCAUAUCCUUCUCCUCCCUUCGGCGCCGACGCCGCCAGGAACAUCUCGUCGCCUCCAGCAGUUGUUGCAGCCGUCUCCGGCGGCCACUGCCACUGUCGCAGCCGUAGCUGCCUCCGGCAGCCGGCGCCGCCUCCCCCAGCGGCAUCUCCCACCACCACUGCCGCCUCCAAUGCCUGUGGGUGCCGCCGCUGCCUCCCUUAGCAGCCUCCGUCACUCUCCGGACAACCGCCAUCUGGCGAGCUCAGGUUUGUUUACUCCGGCCUUCAGGUCGAAAUGA